AUGCCUCGCAGAAAGGCUCUUCUCAUCGGAAUCAACUACACCGGCUCGGGUCACCAGCUCAAUGGCUGCAUCAACGAUGCCAUGAACAUUCGCGAAUACCUUGUUCGCGACCGAGGUUACUCUCCUGACCCGCGGGAUAUGGUCAUCUUGACUGAUGCACCUGAAAACCGCGGGACUCCUUUUUAUCCCACGGGCGCAAAUAUGCUGGCUGCGUUCAAUUGGCUGGCCACGGGUAACAACCCAGGAGACUCUUUGUGGUUGUCGUAUUCUGGCCAUGGAAGCCAAGUGCGGGAUCCUGAUGGCGAUCGAGACUCGGGCUUUGACGACACCAUAUGUCCCGUGGACUUUGAACACAACGGACAAAUCACCAGUGACACGGUAUGUGCUCCAUACGCCAUAGCGCAGAGCCCCUCCCUCUUCCACGCAGCCCUUGCUAGAGCAAUAUUGCUGAUGGACGGAAAGCUUCAUAAAGUGAUUGUCUCUCCGAUGAACCCUCGAUGCCGACUCACCAUCCUCUUUGACUGCUGCCAUUCCGGCUCAGCCGUGGAACUGCCCUACGUCUUCCGCCCGGACGCUGAUGGCAAAGUGAACAUGGUAAACAAUGUGAAAGAAGGCGUCUCAUUACUCAGGGAGGCAUCUGGACUACUGCAGGGUGGAUUUUCACUCGCAAAGGUACAGGAUGUACAAGGCUUGAUUGGCAGAGGAUCAUCUCUGCUGAAAAAAUUCACGCAUCCUGAUCAACCCACGGACGAGAACGGUCUUGCCGACGAGAAGUUUGUCGAAGAUUGGCGGAAUGAAGGCAAAGACGUCUGGAUGUUCAGCGGCUGUGCUGAUGAUCAGACUUCUGCGGAUACCAGUAUGCAGGGUCUUGCAACUGGGGCCAUGUCUUGGGCCUUCAUCAGAACAAUGAGACACAACCCUCGCCAGACAUACAUCGAGGUCUUGCAGAGCACCAGAGGCAUGCUCAAGGAAAAGUACUCGCAGAUUCCCCAGUUGUCUGUCGGUGGUAGAUAUGAUUUGAAUCAGCCUGUACACGUUUGA